GUGUAAUUAAAUAAGACAGAAUACUCAGCAAAUUAGCAUAAAAACUUUUAAAUUUCCAACCUGAUCUUAAAAAAAAUACGUAACAUUACCGGAUCUGACAUUUCUGAGAACUCACGCGCCCUUAGUCAUUACAGAAGGACAUUCUGUGUCAUAUAAAAUAUUCUCAGUAUAAAAUGGUCGUAUAAAACCUUGUUCUCGACUUUCGAGAGAACAUGGUAAUGUUAAAGGCGACGAAUAGAUCCAUUACGAAAGGCGGAAUAGUGCUCGACAUCAUUCGCAUCUCAAGUUAACUUAUUUUUCCCCCUUUUUCUCCUUUUGCUUUCUAAAGUAAGCGCCUCAUGCCUUUCGAGAGGCAAUUAAAGUAAAUCAGAAUAUCUAAUUAACGAACUCUCGUUAGUUAUAUCAGAGAUAAAGAGUCCAGAUAAAAUGUCAUAAGAAGAUGAAGACUAGAGAUAAUUGAAUUGUCUUACGUUAUCGGAUUACAUCCAAUUACAAAUAACGUAAAAAAAUAUUUUUCUCAGUAUUAUAAUAUUAAACAAAGAAUUUAUUACAAAAAACUUUGCAAAUUUUUCUACAAAAGAUGUCGCAAUUAUAUUUCUGCCUUUUAGAAAAUUUACCUGUUACUUGGUAUCGAUGUGGCCUAUUAUUCUGAACUGUUAAACAGAAUCAAUUUCGUCAGUGAGGACACUGAGGGCUAGAAGUCGCUCCGAGCGAAUUAAUCGCCUGGCGAAGCCGGGCCUUAACAAACUGUCGUUCACCUCAAAGAUAACGUCGCGUAUUCUCGUUACGGAAACUUUACUGAUUCCAUUAAGACUUGGACGCGUCUUGCUCGAUGUUCCCGCGGCGUCUCAUGAAUGAUGCAUUCCUAUCUCGACAUUGCGUCCGUUUCUAGCAGCACUAUUUACCCGACAGGAAUAUUAUGGCGAUAUCGGCGACCAUUUGCUCUCGACUUCUUCUCGAAGCACUCAGUAAGGAUGGGAAUCAAUUUUUCGAAUGGCCGCUGGUGACGCCCGGCUCUCUGCCGGAGAGAGAUUCGCUGUAGACAGUUCAAAUUGGCUAGAAAAUGAAAAGUGCGCGGAAGCUUCACGGCUUACGGCGAUAUGCAAUAGUCGGAUCUCAAUAUAUAUUUUAGCUAAUUAAGGGAUUAAAAAUGUCGUCUCGAGCCUCGCGCUCUAUCGAGUCGAUUCUGAUAUAAAAGUUGUACUUGUUGCAGCGCCACGUACAUAUAGAUUUUUAGUAUUGAUUUUUUUACGACAAUUUUGUUUCUCUUUUUUUUUACGUUUUACAUAUGUGCAAAAAUAAUUUCUCACACUUAACUGAUUGAAAGCACGAAUGAAAACGAUUUCUGACGCAGCGGUCAUACAGUAAACAAUAGCCAGCGUUUUGGCGAAACUCGAAUAGGGACUCAAAGCACUAAAUUGUCGAGUUAUAUGGAAUAUUCUCUUUCUCUCUUUCGUUUUGGAAUUCUCUUGAUACGAUAUCUUGCAGAGCGCAGAUAUUACUUGUUCAUAAAAUUGUGAUAUGUGCUACAUCUUGGCUCCCGGCGUGAUGUAGGCCAUAUAGCGCGGACUAUUAUUCUCUUACUCGAUGUGUAAUGGUCUCUCACAAAUAACACUGCGAGGGCUGACCGUUCUGACGAAGAGCACAUUUUGCGCGUGACCUUUUCUCGCAUUUAUGUCAUCGCUCCGAAAAUCAUUACCAAGUAUAGUUUCGAAAAGCAUUCGUGGAAGAAUUUAUUCGCGUGUAAAUCGAUUAAUUACGACAACAAUUUGCAGAAAUUUUAAUAAAGAGAGCAUAAUUAUUUUCAAUUGCGAGGAAACGUAAAUAUUGUGUAAACGGGAGAGUUGAUUCGCCGGUCGAUUAAUAAUGUCGCUUAUCCGCCGCUGUUCAGUCGCUGCAGCAGUCAGCUGAAACGAUAAACAGUUUGCGUUAAACAGUAAGGCUUGAAAAGCUCGGUCGUAUUACGCAACCUCGAUGUAAACGCACUCAAACGCAAAACGCCGAAGAUAAAUAAAGGUUGGAGGAAAUCUACUCUAGUGCAGAUGCUGCUGCGACGAACGGAAACUUAUAAAUAUCAGCAAUAGCGGAGAAGGUCGGACGCGGAAGUCGCAUCGGUCGGACGUUUCUCAAGAUGAACGAGUAUGCGCUUGUUAUACCCCACGAAGUCGCGCCCAGAUUGGCGCGAAGAGACUCGGGGACCAUGAAAGUAACUCUUCCAGUGACCUCCUUCAGGAGACACAGCGGAUGCGUUUCCACGCUUUCGCGAGCGAAACCACAUCCGAAACUGGUGUACGUUGCAGUUCCUUUCGACGUGGAAAAUGGCGCCUCGACGUUGGACGGCGGCGCCGGCGGUGGAGGCGGCGCCUCGCCAAGCGCGGGGCUCGUUCUCCAGACGCUGCCCCAGAGGAGGGAAAGCUUCCUGUAUCGGAGCGACAGCGACUUCGAGAUGUCACCGAAAUCGAUGUCUCGAAACAGCUCCAUCGCCAGCGAGAGGUUCAAAGAGACAGAGCUUCCUGUUGAGCGAGCGAUAUUUACCGAUCAGUACAGCCAUGGCGAAGACCUCAUCGUUACACCCUUCGCACAGAUUCUGGCUUCUCUGCGCUCGGUCAGGAAUAAUUUCUUAUCGCUCACAAAUGUACCGACGAACAAAUCGCGAAGGAGUAGUGGCCAACAGGGCAGUAGUACGCCUCAGCCACGGAUUCUGGCACCAGGAGAGGAGCCCUUCAUGAAGCUAGCUGUAGAAACGAUAGAAGAGCUAGACUGGUGCUUAGACCAGUUGGAGACCAUUCAGACGCAUCGAUCCGUGUCCGACAUGGCAUCUCUCAAGUUCAAGAGAAUGCUGAACAAGGAGCUGUCGCAUUUCUCGGAGUCGUCCAAGUCUGGGAAUCAGAUCUCGGAGUACAUCUGCAGUACUUUUCUCGACAAGCAACAGGAGCUGGAUUUACCAUCUCUGCGAAUCGAGGAUGCGGUCGCCGCUGCGGGCAGCGUUGAUGCACGGGCGGCGAAAAAGAAGGAUCGCGUACAAAGGGGACCCGCCGCUAUGUCGCACAUCAGCGGCGUGAAACGGCCGUUGACACACACCAACAGCUUCACCGGUGAACGCGUCCCGCUCCACGGGGUGGAAACGCCGCAUGAGGAGGAGCUCGGCAAGUUACUGUCGGACAUCGACAAAUGGGGCAUCGACAUCUUCAGGAUAGGCGAGCUCAGCAACAAUCGACCCCUCACUUGCGUAGCGUACACGGCCUUCCAGAGUCGAGAUCUGCUCAAAUCGCUGGCGAUACCGCCGAAGACUUUCGUUACCUUUAUGAUGACCCUAGAGGAUCAUUACGUGAAGGAUAAUCCCUUCCACAAUAGCCUCCAUGCAGCUGAUGUGACUCAAUCUACUCACACUCUGCUCAACACGCCCGCACUAGAGUCCGUGUUCACACCUUUGGAGAUCACCGCUGCAUUAUUCGCGGCUUCCAUCCAUGAUGUAGAUCAUCCGGGACUCACGAAUCAGUUCCUCAUUAACUCAAGCUCCGAACUCGCGCUGAUGUACAACGAUGAGUCGGUGCUGGAGAAUCAUCACCUGGCGGUCGCGUUCAAGCUUCUGCAGAACGAGGGCUGCGACAUUUUUGUUAAUAUGACGAAGAAGCAGCGGCAGACGCUACGGAAGAUGGUCAUCGACAUGGUUCUCUCGACGGACAUGUCGAAGCACAUGUCGCUGCUGGCCGAUCUGAAAACUAUGGUGGAGACGAAGAAGGUCGCCGGGUCCGGUGUGUUGCUGCUCGACAAUUACACCGAUCGCAUUCAGGUGCUGGAGAACCUAGUGCACUGCGCCGACCUGUCGAAUCCGACGAAACCUCUAACUCUCUACCGACGAUGGGUGAGCCUACUGAUGGAGGAGUUCUUCCUGCAGGGUGAUCGCGAACGGGAGCAGAACAUGGACAUCAGUCCGAUGUGCGACCGGCACAGUGCCACCAUCGAGAAGUCACAGGUUGGCUUCAUCGAUUACAUCGUGCAUCCACUCUGGGAAACCUGGGCGGAUCUGGUGCAUCCGGACGCGCAGGACAUCCUGGACACCCUUGAGGAGAACCGCGACUGGUACCAAUCGAUGAUACCGCCUUCGCCGCCGUCGGACGAUCAGCAACAACUGGCGACGAAUGAGCAGCAGUCGGACAGGAUACACUUCCAAGUGACGUUGGAGGAGGGCGACGAGACUGGCGAGACGGUGGAGGGCGGUGACACCGGUGACGGCGGUGGCGGCGGCGAGUCGACGUUUUCAAAUGAGGACGCGGGCGGUGAGACAGAGGAGAACGCCACAGAGGCUGGGAUGUGACGGAGGCUCGCCGGGAUUUGCAGGAAGUUCCAUGAGAAGGUGCAGCAGAGCUGGUGGCGCGUGCGUCAGUGACAUUCGCACUUAGCCGCAUCCAGCCGCCGGUCCCUUUGUAUCGACCUAUGUCGCGCCGACCGGGUCACGUGAGAAGAGGCGGCCGCGAUGAUGGGAGCCGCCGUCUCGGUCGGGAGAUAAGAGAUGACGUCCUCACGACGAUGGAAAACCAUGGCGAUAUGCGAGGAUGCGUCGAGAUCGCUGCGCUUCGGCUGGGCCUGGCGCGAGAAGACGAGAGGGCUCGUUUCGUUAUCGCUAUUGAAAGUUCCGUCUUCGUGUCUCAUUGAAUUCUAUCAACCGGGAGGGACGAAUCUCUUCACAAAGUACCUGCGCAAAUGAAAGCGGCAGCUGUAUGUUUGCGAUACCGAGUGGGUGGCAAGAUGUUUUUUUUUUUCAUACACACACACGCGUGUAGAAGAAGGAGGAUUUUGAUACGCGAUGAAAUGUACAUCGCGCACCAAUUGUCGUUUUCUUCAAUGCGUACGAUGGAGAUACGUCGCCGUCGGAGGCUCGAGAGGGAAUCUCUCUUCCAGAGCGUGCAGGAUUUUUAACAACAUAUCAACAGCAUUUCAGAUAACGUGCGCCAAUGUAACUGAGCAUUAUUUGUUUUUUCUUUUUCAUUUCGCCACCUAUUCCCUUUUUGACGUGGCGUGCAUUUUGAUUACUAACUAUUGUAUACAUAUAUCAAUAACCGAUGUUCAAAAUUACACACGCGAUAAUAUCGUAUCCAAUUCGAUUAGCGCACGUUAUCCGAAAUACACACGCCACAUUGGAAAGGAGCAAGUGGCGAAAUGGGGAACACAAUUAAAACAGGAAGGAUACUCAGUUACAGUUAGAAAUUAUUCAUCCUUUUUGGUUCUUCAGCGAUUAUCCGAUAGUCACCUACUUACCGGUAGAAAGAAAGAUAUCUGUCUUUAAUCGUAAGAUUUUGUCAUGUUCGCUUCGUAGAUGUAGAGAAGUCCGUAAUCGAAUCGUUGUAAGCGAAAAUGAAAAUCCAGAAGUAGCCGCGUGUCUAUAAAGGAAAUGCUAGAGCAAACACGUAGAGUAUUACUCAUCGCUUAUAUGAUUUGGAAAAAAGCGAGCGGAACUCGCUUUUCUUUUUUGCCAAAUCAUACAGACGAUGGGAGAGCACCGAGCAGCAGCAGAAAAGGGGGGAAGAGGGACAACCGAGAUAAGGGGACAAUUAAUUUUAGUACACAACUACGUCAAGAGCUGGCCUUUUAAGUUUGUAUUAAGAUUAAUUACCAGAGCCGAGACGCUUUCUUCUUGCGAAAUAUACAACAUACAUAAAAGAAAACCCACACACACACACACACACAAACACACUCACAUACAUCAUACAUACAAACGCACACAUAAUACAGACGCGAUACGUACAAUUACAAUGCGAGCGAGGAUAUAUGUAUAUCGAUAGAUGUUUUUAACCAAAGAGUAAUAUAAGUGAUUGUUAUUAAGUCGAUUGCCGAGCGUGCUGUUCACCAAUACGUUUUCCGAUGACGAAUAUUCUAGCGACGGUGCGCACGAGUCGGUCUGGAAUCGAGAGAGAGGAAAAAUAUCCUCAUCACGGAUGUCCCAGAAUCGCUCAAAUCUGCAAACUCGAUCGGCAUUCGCGGCGCAGACACUCAAAAAGAAUUGAGAAAAAAAAAAAGAUUUGGGAUCCGCGCCGAAUGCCGAACGUCUGCCAUCGGUCUUCUUAACGUACAAAUUUGCCGGCGUCGUGCGUGGAUUCUCUCAUUUGGACUGAGCUGUACAAAAAGUGUUUGAAUUUCGGGGGGUGUAUUGGUGGAAUGGCGACGACCUGCGCGCCUGCGAUAAUAUCGGGAUUUCGAAAUGGAACACGUCUCUGAUGACUGAUGAGCGAGUGUACUGAAGAUCAGCCUAAAAACAAAAUUAACAUUAUAUUACUUAUACUAACAAUAAGUCGUAAGCUUGCCAUCGACUGCGCGGGACAAGACGCGGAAAUUAGGGCAUGCGAGAGUCUGAUCAGACGUGUGUAAAUGCGGCGGUAGCUCGGGCUCACGUAAUCAUAUGUUUUCCUAAUCGUUAAGGGAAUUACCUAAUCGCAUAACAGAAAAGAAAAUUAAAAAAAAAACUACGGAGAAAGCAAAAUCUCUAUGUGUGUUGUAGACAGUGAUCUAGUGAGUGUUUUGGUGCUGGCCACCAAACUUAGCGUGUAAGAAAACUCCGAGAGGUUCACGUGAAUUUGCGACUAUGUACAUUAUUAAGUCAGGGAGGAGAGAGAGUUAACUUAACGAAGUUCUUAGGGCGUAAGCAACGAGGUUAUAAUAAUAAUGAUAAUAUUAAUAAUAAUUAAUGAUAAUGAUCAUAACAUUAAUCAUAAUAUUAACAUCAUCCUGUUAUUACUAAAUAUUAAUGAGACAUGUAACGAUUUAGUAAUGAUAGUAUGAUAAUGAUGAUGAUGAUAAUGAGAGAAAAAUAAAAAUAUCUGUUUGAUUGCUGGACAGUUAAAUGAAUGUAUUAAUAUCGUGUAAUCGUCGUACGAGAUAUAUGUGUAAUAAAACAUAUUUAUUGUCGGAA